AACAAAAGUAAAACCAAAAGAUACCAAAAAGAUGCAGAGAGAUAAAAUUUCAAUUUUUUUGUAUGAAAAUCACAGACCAGUAUUCAAUCACCGUUGUGAGUUCUUCAUCCUUCACUCCACCACUCUCUCACUUUCUCUCUCUACACACACACACACGCACGCACACACCCUUUUUGUCUCUAUUUGGAGAGAAGAAGCUGAGUAAAGAAGAAGCAUUUACAUACGCUAUAACUAUAUAUACGGUCCAUUUUUAGUGAAGAAAGGAGUAAAGUGAAAGCGCCAUUUGUAGGGUUUUUUUUUCUCCCUUUUUUUUGAACUCUUUGAGUACCUCCCAAAACCUCGCAUUUUUAAAUCGGAGAUUCUGGGAGGUUUUGUAGAUAAUUGACCUUGAAUCCGACGAUCGGUUUCCGGAACUGACGAUCUCCGCAUUGACGUUGUAGAGGCUAUGCUUGCUGUGCAUUAUGUCUUGGUUCUAAGAAUAGCUAAAUUUUGGUGUGUAUCGAGACUUUAGGGCGUGAGCAUCCGUAUAUGAAAAGACCCGUAAAUAGUGCCUUUUGCUAGUUGGCAAAGAUGAAGUCAGAAACACCUCUAGAUUAUGCUGUAUUCCAGCUGUCACCUAAGUGCUCACGAUGCGAAUUGUUUGUUUCCGGUGAUGGGAGCACGGAGAAACUUGCUUCAGGAUUGCUUAAACCGUUUGUUGCACAUUUACGUAUUGCAGAGGAACAAGUUGCCUCUGCUGCACAGUCAGUUAAGCUUGAAGUUGGGAGAAGUAAACAUGCUGCAACGUGGUUCACCAAGGGAACACUUGAGAGGUUUGUGCGAUUUGUAAGCACUCCUGAAGUUUUGGAACUGGUCAAUACUUUUGAUGCUGAGAUGUCGCAGUUGGAAGCAGCCCGCAGGAUAUAUUCACAGGGAGCUGGAGACCAACUUUCUGGUGGAGGUGGAUCUGGGGUUACUGCUGCAGAUGAUGCCACAAAGAAAGAGCUUCUGAGAGCCAUUGACGUAAGGCUUGCUGCAGUGCGGCAGGACCUUUCUACCGCCUGCACUCGUGCUGCUGCUGCUGGGUUCAAUAUUGACACAGUCUCAGAACUUCAAAUGUUUGCAGAUAAGUUUGGUGCUGAUCGCCUGAACGAAGCGUGCGGCAAGUUCAUAUCAGUAAGCGACAGCCGACCGGAACUCAUUAACCCAUGCAAAUCCGGAACCCGGGGCCGGGCCCUCCGUUCCUCCUGCGGGUCGGACAUGUCCAUCGACGAGGACCCAACUACUCCCCCACCCCACCAAGGACCCCCCACGUUUCAGCAGCCAAAUCCCCCACCCCUCACCUUCCCUUUACGCCCUACUUUCAGCAGAGAAUCCAGUGUCGAAAGGGACGACGGAAACAAGCCAAAUGAUGCUGUCCCUGAAAAAGAUAGGAAAGAUGAGACCUCAACUUCUGAUGAGACUGUUUCUAUUCAAGCGGCUCAGCCGGCAAGGCGACUUAGUGUUCAGGACAGGAUUAACUUGUUUGAGAAUAAACAGAAGGAGAAUUCUGGGGGUAAUCCCGUUGUGGUGAAGUCUGUGGAGCUGCGGAGGUUGUCCUCUGACUUGUCAUCAUCAGCGGGGGCUGUGGAGAAGGCUGUCUUGAGGAGAUGGAGUGGCGCUAGUGAUAUGAGCAUUGACUUGAGUGCUGAAAAGAAGGAUUCUGAGAGCCCUUUGUGUACUCCGGCCUCUACAGUAGUUUCUCAGGACAAAAAUGUUUUUAAUUUGAAUGGUGAGAUAACGGAGAGUUCUUCUGUUGCUAAGCCAGAGAUAAAGGUUAUUCCUAGUUUGAGUCGGGUUAGUGAUAGCAGAUUGAAAGGGGUUUCUUUUAAUAACUCCGAACUGGCUUCUGAGUCUAAUUCUAGUUUGGGUUCUGGCGAGAAUGAUGGUUUGAAAGAUCAAGUGUGUGGCAAGAAUCAGUCAAGGUCUUCUCUAAGCAGGGCUGAUGAUCGAGAAAGUUUGGGAGAGGAUUCGACUGGUGUUAAAACUGAGGGCAUCCUUGGGUUUGGGGAUCUAGGGAAACUGAAGGAUCCUCGAACUGGUCAAGAGGUUAGUGGGCCCCAGGCACAUAUUGCUAGCAAGGACCAGGUUUCUUCUUCAAGUCAGGUUAGGGGCUUUGUAAGCAAAGGUAGUGAGCAGUUUGAAAUUCCAAAUCACAAGGAGGAUUCUAGAUUGGGGAAUGAGGCUGUUCAGCAAAUGAAGGUGAAAAUUGUGCAGAAGGCUGCAGUAGAACCAAGGGUACUUGAGGAGGUUGCUGGUUCAAAAAUCCGAGAGGCCUUUGCUUCUCAUCAUAAAGGAACUGACAGGGAUUCUUCAUCUGCUCGGCAAGAGAUAAGAUCUGUUGGGGAAACCCAAGUAGCUGAAAAGAAAGCAUCCCUGAGAAAGAAUGAAUCCCGCAUCUCUGAGAAGGUAUCAAGCAGUGAAGAUUCUGGACCUCAGAGACUGAAGCUCAAUACACAAGGUCCGACAGCUGAACUGAGUAAGAAGGCACGGGCGCAACAAGAUGAAAGCAGUUUUCAUGGAAACAGCAGGACACAAUUUUCUGGUGAAGUCAUUAUAGAGGCCCAGGAAGGUCUUGAUUCUUUUUCCACACCACCUCCAGAGCAAGCUCAAAGAGUGAGACAGUCAAAGGGAAAUCAGGAACUUAAUGAUGAGUUGAAGAUAAAAGCAAGUGAGCUUGAAAAACUCUUUGCUGAGCAUAAAUUGCGAGUCCCUGGGGAGCAAUCUAACUCUGCGCGUAAAGGCAGGUCAGGAGACACACAACGUGAGUCAUUAAGGAGCUCACACUUUGGAAAACCAGCAGAAGAUACUGCUCCUCGAUUGUCCGACAGUUACCAGUCAACUGAACGUACUAAGUUUUCAAAGAGCUCGACCAAGUUCAAUGCUGCCUCUCCCAUGACAACACCUAAGAGCCAGUACAAUGAUGAUGCUAUAAAUGAGAAGUUCUCGGAACUUAGUGUUUCAGAGGGUUCUCGAGGGAAGUUCUAUGAAAGGUAUAUGCAAAAAAGGGAUGCAAAGCUCAGGGAAGAGUGGAGUUCCAACAGAGCAGAGAAAGAAGCCAGGUUGAAGUCUAUGCAGGAUAGCCUUGAGAGGAGCAGAUCAGAGAUGAAGGCGAAAAUUUCAGUAUCUGCAGACAGGCAGGAUUCAGUAUCAAGUGCUCGCCGGCGUGCUGAGAGACUCAAAUCAUAUAAUAGCAGGUCAAUUAUGAAAGGGGAGCAGCAACAUUUAGAUUUUGGGGAUAGUGAGGAUGAUGAGGAAGCAUUAGAUUUUCCAGAGCAGAAUCGCCUCCAUGGGAAUAGGGCUUUAGAUGAAACCUCCUCCAGGGAUGGUGUUCCUGGGGGUGCACAAGGGAAAAAGCAUUUAGCCAAUAGCAGAAAUCUGUCAUCAUCUACUCCUCGCACCUCGGCAGCUCCUGUUCCAAGAUCUGCUAACAAAACUUCCACCAUAAAUUCUGGGAAACGGAGAAUGCAACUGGAAAAUCCACUUGCACAAUCUGUCCCCAACUUUUCUGACUUGAGAAAAGAAAAUACCAACCCUUCAUCUGGAGCCAGUAAAAUGACUCGUUCACAAGUAAGAAGUUAUGCCCGCAGCAAAUAUGCAAUUGAUGAUGUGCCCAUUGUCGGUGAAGAUAAAUCACACCGGUCGCAAUCAUUGAGGAAAAGUUCUGCAAAUCCAAGUGACUUUAGACAAAUGUCCCCUCUGGACUCCGAUGGUGUUUGUUUGACACCAAUAAAAUUUGAUGGUGAAGUUCUGAAGAAUGUUGGGACCAAACCUUUUCUUAAAAGGGGUAGUCGCACAAGCUUUGUUGCUCGAACAAAUAUUGCAGGGCAGAAAGCCUCAGUGGGAUCUGAGCUUAUGAAUGAAGAAGAAAAUGAGGACAUGGAAUCUGGACUGGCUGACAUUGUGAAUACGUUGAGAGAUGAAGGCGGGCAAGAAUUUGAGACCUUAAACACUGAAGGUCAGGAGAUUUUGGACAAUGAGAAACCAAGUCUGGAGCUGGAGGCAGAUAAGUUUGUAAAUUCUGGAUCAGAAAAUGGUGAUGGUCCUGUGACAUUUUCUCAUGUGGACCGGGCUUUGGGUUCUAAGUUGCCUGCUGUUCUUCCUCGGGGCUUCCUCCAUGCUGAACCUAUGCAAGAUUGGCCAGAGGAAAGUCCUGUGUCAUGGAAUUCACGUACUCAACAUCCCUUUUCUUAUCCACACGAGAUGUCUGAUGUAGAUGCUUCUUUGGACUCCCCGGUAGGAAGUCCCGCUUCAUGGAAUUCACAUUCUUUGAAUCAGCUAGAGGCUGAUGCUGCUAGAAUGAGGAAGAAAUGGGGAACGGCACACAAGCCGAUGUUGGUAGCCCAUUCAUCCAAUAAUGUAUCCCGCAAGGAUAUGACUAGGGGAUUUAAACGGUUGCUGAAAUUUGGAAGGAAAAGCCGUGGCUCAGAGAGUUUGGUUGACUGGAUAUCUGCUACUACGUCAGAAGGGGAUGAUGAUACUGAAGAUGGAAGGGAUCCGGCCAAUCGGUCCUCUGAAGAUUUGAGGAAGUCAAGAAUGGGAUUUUCUCAUGUUCAACCUUCUGAUGAUAGCUUCAAUGGAAGCGAGUUUUUCAAUGAAUCAGUUCAAUCUUUGCAGAAUUCUAUCCCGGCACCUCCAGCCAACUUUAAAUUGAGGGAGGAUCACAUGUCUGGAAGCUCAAUCAAAGCUCCAAGAUCAUUUUUCUCAUUAUCCACAUUCCGGAGCAAGGGAAGUGACUCAAAGCUUAGAUAGUUUUGUCCCAAGUAGAAGAUCCACUGUACAAAUGCUCCUGUCUGCCUCCUUGACACAGCCAACGAUGAUUAUAGAUAUGCGAGCGGACCGUUGAGGUUGGCACUGCUUUUAGUAAAUAUCACGGUAUGCUGCAUAUCUUCAUGGAUUUUUGAGGCUUUCCCUCAGAGAGUUAUUUCUUGUAGAUUCAAGAAUGGCACGUUGUAUAUUGUAAACAGUUCAUAGUUCCUAUUGGUGGAACAAAGAUAUGAUUUUGGUAGCUAAAUCAUUCUUUUACACUAA